AAUCGUAUUUAUCAUUUUACCCAGUCGUGCGUAUUGUGCAUUAUUACUUACUAGCCUGACUUUUAUAUUUUAUUUUUGUUUAAUACUCCUCCAAAUUUUGUUGUUUUUCACAUUGAUAAUUUUGCAUUGAUAUCGAUAUCUUCAUCGCAAAUUGCUUAACGCGACACUUUGGUGUUUUUACGGGAACGGUGUACGGUAGAGCGGCGCGCUUAUUCCGUCGCAUCCUCCAAGUUUGAAGAACCUAAAACUGGUGAAGCUCCAGAUCUUGCCGGAAGCUGAAGCACUAGUAACAUGGAGGAAAAUAUUGAGGACGCCGACUACCAGUUGGCGGUGAGUUUGCACAAGCAUCUAAACGGCGACACCGGGGCAAACCACUCGCAGGCAGAUGAAAACAAUGACUUGCAGUUCGCUAAGCGGCUGCAGGCUGAAAUAAAUGACAGCGACAUGGACAACAGCCUUCAGUUCCUUUACCCAGACGGGGGACAACGUGCGAAUGUGCAGAAUCCAAAACCUCUGCAGGAGAAACGCAAUCAAAAUGCUUCAAACAAAUCGGCGGCUCUGACACCUGCCAAUGAUUAUCUUAACCAGACCCAGCACCUGGUCCAUCCCGAGUGGGAGUUGGUGGACCCCAACCCCGACAUCUAUUCAAUGUUUCAACGCUUCAACGCCAAGUUCUUUCAAGAUCGCCUGGGCAGCGUCGUCCUUGAGUGGAGCAAGCGCAUGUAUUCUUGCGCUGGCAUAUGCUACCAGCGGUCCAAUCGAUACAUCCAAGAAGUGACCAUCCGUCUAAGUGAGCCGCUACUUAAGCUGCGUCCACGAAAAGAUCUCGUCGAGACCCUACUGCAUGAAAUGAUUCACGCCUACUUCUUCAUUCUGAACGUGCGCGAGGGCAAUGGAGGACAUGGCCCCAACUUUAAACAAAAAAUGCAGAUGAUCAACAAAGUGGCGGGCACAAACAUCACGGUGUACCACAGCUUCCACGACGAGGUGGACGCCUAUCGCACGCACAUCUGGCGCUGCAAUGGGAUCUGCCAGAACCACACUCCCUUCAAGGGCUGGGUAAAACGCACCUCUAAUCGGGCUCCCGGCCCCAAUGACCAAUGGUGGGCGAAGCAUCAGCGCGAUUGCGGCGGCACAUUUAUGAAAGUAAGUGGACCAUCAAAGCCACCGAAGGCACCCAAGCCACCGAAAGACAUUAAAAAUGCCAUUAAGGCGCCGAAAAAGGCUCUGCCUGCGGUGUCUGAUCCCAAGAGCGAUAUACGCGAUUGGUUUAAUAAGCCGCCGGCCAAGAAGCUAGCCACCGAUGACGCUAUAUUGGGCGCCGUUGUACCGACGAAAUCCCAACAGGACCGCCCCAUCUUAACAUCCCAAAACCCCUGGCCAAAUGCAAAGCCAAAGAACUCUGGAUCUAAUAUAAGAAGCUUCGGGGAUUUGAAUCGCGACAGCGACGAAGAUGAACCACCGGCGCCAUCCAUUCGCGAGAAAUUUCCAUCGUUUAAAGAGGCCGAACAGGGCUACACUAUGCCCAAAGCUGACAAUGAAAACAACACAAACGAUGCCCUUAACAUUCGUGAAAUCCGUGAACGGCGCUUCGGCCAGAAGCAAAAGUGCCCACCCAGCGAGAUAAGCGUGUCCAGCAAAACCGAAGCAGAACAGUGGGAGCGCUAUGACGAAGAUGUACUAGUCAGAGAUGCUCCCAAAGUUGUGAUAGACCUUGUGGACGAUAACAGCAGUGUCGAUGAUGAGCCUCCUGCUGCUGAUCUCAUGAAUAAUAACGAACAGAACUUAAUCGAUAAUCCGGAAGAACCUCAGCCCAACAGCACCAAGCGUAAGGAAGACGAAACCUUUGAAAUUAUCCCAAAAAAGCGACGCCGUGAAGCUAGUGACUCCGAAAUACAACAUUGGGAGUCCACCGACGAAAUAAAUACAGAUGCCUACACAGCGACGGUAAUCGUUGACAGCGAUACCGACGAUGAUGAAGAGUCCAUGGGGCCGCCGGAUAGACGCUUUCCUAUGAGCAGCCAGGAGCGCUCGCAGAAUGUAAAACGCGAAGUUCUGGAGGAUGAAUCGAUUGGCUUCUACAAAGACAACAUUUUGUUCAUCGAUGACGAGUACAACGAUGAUGAGCGAGAUGAGAGCAAUGAUCCUGAGAUUAGCCAAAUCGGUUUGGGCAACCAUGAAUCGCUGUUGUGGGAGUUCCGUCAACAGAACGACGUUGUACCCAGCUGGGGCUACCACGCAAAUGAAGGCAACGACAUCGUGUCCUGUCCGAUAUGUUUCGAUCAGUUAAAGCGCAGCGAUCUCGACAAUCACUUGGACGGCUGUAGUAUUACUCAGCGCGUGGCUCCGCCUUCCUUCAAACGUGCUGGAGGAACCAAGGUGAAAACAUCGCCCCCGGGCGGCAGCAAACGAAAGUCGUCGUCGACCAAGGAAAUGCUGCGUAAAUUCGGCUACACCGAGUCCGACGUCUCCGGCCUCGACCUAAGCUCUUCUAGCGACACCUCGAUGCUGGCCAGCGAGGAUGAGCUAACUCCCCGUCAACGCCGCCAGCGUAACCUCUUCAAGCCAACUGUUGGCUGCCCGAAGUGCGGUCAGGAGCUGAUGGGCCACCAGUUGGAUGCUCACCGCAACAUAUGUCCGGGCAAGAAGCGCAAGUGAUUCCAUACACACAAACACUCCAUUACCUAUGAAGAAUUGUUUUUUAGUUUAUCAUUAUUGUUUAGUUCUUCCUUCUUCAAUAAAUAAAUAAUAUUACAAAAUGCGA